AUGAAGAAAGAGUUGAAACAACUAAAUCAUACAGAAUUCAGAAAUAUAGGGGAGAAGAUCGAGCUCUAUAGACAGAAUUUGCAAUAUAUUCAAACACAAAGGGGCCAUCACACUCAACCAGAUCUACUGUUUGAAGAAGAGGAAGAAGUGAAGAUUGAACUAGAGAAAUGGAGCCUAGUGGAGGAAAGUAUUCUGAAGCAGAAAUCUAGGAACAAAUGGCUAGAACUAGGUUAUGAGAACAAUGCUUAUUUCUUUGCUAGCUUGAGGAAUAGACAGGCUCAGAACAGAAUUACAAGCCUUAUUGAUUCCAAAGGAGAUAUUAUUCAACAACCAGAAGAUAUUGCUGCAGAAGUGACUAGUUUCUAUAAAACACUAUUAGGGAGUGCUGCUGCCCAGCUACCAGUAAUAGACCUUAAGGUUAUGAAACGUGGGAAUGUGCUCAAUAGACAUCAACAACUACAGCUAGUAUCACAGGUAACUCAAGAUGAAGUAUUUCAUGCCCUUAUGAGUAUUGAUGAUCAUAAAGCUCCCGGAUAUGAUGGAUUUAAAUAA